AUGUCGAGCCACUCCGACGAUUCGUUGGAUUCACUCUUUCACUACGAGCCGAGCCGUGUAGACGCCGAGGCGAGAGGUACAACAGAAUCCUCCGAGGCAUCUGUUUCACCGAGCCCUUCCAAUCGUUCAUCUGACGAGGCGUCGAAACACGCAAAUCCGUCAGAUAUCGACUCUACAGGUGACGAGCUGUCGGUUUCGACGAGCCGUCCCCAGGAUCCUAUUCCUGAUGAAGGCAUCAACCGCGCCGCAGUCAAACCCGUGGAGGAGGCAUUUCCCUUUGACCUAUUCGAGGCGAAGCGUGAGCUGGAACGUCUCAUGGCAUCCCGAGGCGCUUCCACAUCUGGGCGAGGACCAAGAGUUAAGAGACAAAAACCUGACCCACCUGGCUCUACGCUUUGCUCCCUUGAGUCGCUCGAGGCGUUGAGGCAUCGCUUCGAGAUAUCCGAGGCGGUGGAGUUCGUCGUUCCAGAGAAGAGCAACCGAGCCGACAAGCCUCUAGAGAAUCAUUUUACUCUGUACGAGGGGUUCUUCGAGCUUUGCUUCCUCUGGUUCCCGAUCCCCGGAGUGAUCCUUGAAUAUCUCUGGAAGCACGGGAUCUCGAUUGGGCAAAUCAUGCCGAGGGGAUUACGGCAUAUGAUUGGCAUCUUAGUUCGAAGCUUCGAGUGCGGAGUUGAUAUCGAGCUGAAUCACCUGCUGAACUUGCUGGAAAUCCGGAAAGCUCCGAAGGGAAAUAGAUUCUAUAUUUCCAACAAGGCAAAACGACGGAUCAUCGGCGGUUUUCCCAGCAAGGAUCAGUUUUGGACUGAACUUCGGUGCUUUCUUCCCCCGAUUCCCGACGAAAUCUUUACUGUUCGAGACUCUCUUUCGGCGCGGAAGGUUAAUUGGAGAAAGAACUUUACCCUCGAAAGAGUAGAAAAAGCGCGAGCCAUCCUUGCCGGAGUCCCCGUCAGUUCUUCGUCCUCAAGUUCUUCGAGAGAUACCCGGGAGAAGAUGGUGAUAAUCGCCCUUAGAGAAAGGAAGAGGCGCGAGGAAGAGGAAACCGCUAGACGAGCUGCCGAGGCGGCUCACGCGCAAACCGAGGCCAUCCUUCAACCCGACCCUCCGAGCCGGGAAGGCGAUGUGAUGAUCCGAGCCGCAGAAGGCGACACUGCCGAGGCGGCUGAGAAAGAUGUAGUGCCCGAGGUGGAACCGGGUGAAAUUAUCCCCGAGGUGUCCGGGGACGGCUCGGCGGCGCGGAGUAAGACUCCUUCGCAAUCCGCUAUCCUGGCCCUCCCGAAGUCGACGAGGCCACCGACUUCGGUCGUCCAGAAGUAUGACUCUAGCCGAAAACGUUCGGCUAAUGACAAGGGGAAAGGCGUCGCUGUUCAGAAGGACGAGCCGUCCAAGAAGAGGCGGAAAACAACGCCCGAGGACCCCACCGCGUGUUGGUUGUUGACGACCCCGACGCUUCUGCCGUCAUGUUCUCGCGUGUAA